CACGGAAUUCAUAAGCUCAGUGCAGGGCCAAUGUGCACCAGGUUCUUUGCCGCCCCCAGGGACGUUUGGAGGUGAACCGCCUGGGGUCCUUGCGACCCCUAUUGUCGUUGCGACGCCUGCCACCACCUCAACCGCCUCCGCCGCCAUCAGCAUGAACCAGCUAGGUACCGUUUACGCAACGAAGCGUCGCCGUCGGAACGGAAAGAGUUUGAAGCCGACACCAAAGGAUGGCGUGACGAAGAGCAAUCCUAGCAAGAGGCAUCGGGAGCGACUGAACGCCGAACUGGACACCCUCGCGAGCCUCCUGCCUUUCGAGCAGAACAUCCUUUCGAAGCUGGACAGAUUAUCCAUCCUGCGACUCUCCGUCAGCUACCUGCGCACCAAGAGCUACUUCCAAGUGGUGAUGCAUAAGGAUAAAGAGGAUGGUGGAGGGUUGCACCGUUCCCGAGACCUAACCGCUUUCGACCAUACACCAUUAGACGGAGAAAUGUUCCUUCAGGCAUUAAACGGGUUCCUAAUGAUUUUAACAUGCGAGGGCGAAGUGUUUUUCGCCACGCACAGCAUAGAAGGUUACUUGGGAUUCCAUCAGUCGGAUAUCGUGCACCAGUCCGUCUAUGAGCUGGUCCACUCCGAGGACCGGGAGGAACUCCAGAGGCAGCUCAUGUGGAAUUCAUUCCUUCCGCCGGAAUCCGCAAACAUUGGACUCCAAGACGUGCUACUACCAGACAACUGCCACAUGCUGGAACGUAGCUUCACCGUGCGCUUCCGAUGUCUGCUAGACAAUACUUCCGGCUUCCUUCGUUUGGAUAUCAGAGGACGCGUGAAGGUUCUGCACGGGCAAAACCGAAAGUCCGAUGAGCCACCGCUAGCCCUGUUCGCGAUCUGCACCCCCUUCGGUCCGCCGUCUCUGCUCGAAAUACCACAGAAGGAAGUCAUGUUCAAGAGCAAACACAAACUUGAUUUAGCUUUGGUUUCCAUGGAUCAGAGAGGUAAAAUGUUGUUGGGGUACUCGGAUUCUGAACUGGCCAAUAUGGGAGGAUACGAUUUAGUGCAUUAUGAUGAUCUUGCUUACGUGGCCAGCGCUCAUCAAGAACUACUUAAAACUGGAGCAUCUGGUAUGAUAGCGUAUAGGUUCCAAACUAAAGAAGGGCAAUGGCAAUGGCUACAAACUAGUUCUAGAUUAGUAUACAAAAACUCCAAACCAGAUUUUGUUAUUAGUACACAUAGACCUUUAAUGGAGGAGGAAGGUAGAGAUUUAUUAGGUAAACGGACAAUGGACUUUAAAGUGAGCUAUUUGGAUGCGGGUCUACCGAAUAGUUACUUCUCAGAAUCGGAUCAAUUACUGGCGAAUACUACAGUAGCUCAACACAACUUGCCUUCAGCUCCGUCCAGGGUAAACAGGCGUUACAAGACGCAAUUGCGGGAUUUCCUGUCCACAUGUCGGACGAAACGCAAACUGUCGCACAGCAGUCCAACUGGACAGGUGACACCUCCGACGAACCCUUCGACGGUGGCCGCCUCCGUAGUCAGCCCUAUGCCUACGGUGGACUACAUCGGUGAUAGUUACAACAUGUAUACGACUUAUCCACCAGCAGCGCCUGACCACAGUCUGACUUCCUACAUGAAUCACACAAAUUUCCAGCAUAGCUUAUACCCGGCUCCGGCCAUCGACAACCGGUAUCUUACCAGCACAGAGAACAUAUUCCAUCAAUACAGACCGUUGAGUACUUACUAUCCAGAAUACCAUUCGCCAGCAGCCAGUCCAUACGUUGGUAAUGGGUUCCUAGAGAUGCCCACCAGGUCCUACGACCCGACGACCACGACUUCCCACCACACCUACCGCAUGGAGGACAAACUGUAUCCAUGCCAGCAGGAAACUCCAGCUAAAUACCCGCCAUACGUGGACACUUCCCGCAGCUACGUAGUGACCAACCCUACGAACUGGCCAUACUCGGUGAGCCCAUCAUCAGGAAUUAUACAACCUGUGCAAGUCAUGAGCACACAAAUCGACCUCAAGAAAGCGAAGCCGUCGUCGCCGAACACUGGACUGCUCACUCCGAAGAUGGAGGAGAUGAAGGAAGGCAUGAUCGCAAGCCCAAAUAACCACCAGCAUUACUCUCCGACCACCACGGCCGAGAUGCCACGUCAGACCGUUCUCAUGUGGGGAUCGAACCAUCACCAUCACCAAUCGCCCACCAGGUCUCCGAACGACUAUCCUACACCGGUUUCGGAGACCUGCGAUGUUAUCAAUAACCAGGAAAUGUGCAAGUGGAACGGCGAAGCGAAAGCCGAACCCGCUGCCGUCACUCAGACCAACGAUGGUAGCCCUCACCAACAGCAGCACCACGCGAACCACCACAACCAUCACAAUUCUCGCGUCGUCAUGGUUCUAUGAUGAACAUUCUGCGCUGGCUUCCAGCACCUCCUUGUACAUACUUAUAAAUACCUUAAAGAAUUAAUAUAUGGCA